GCGUACAGACUUUAGUUCAGUUUUAAUUGCGCUCGCCAGCGCGACAGUUCGAUACGCGAAGAAGCGACUGAAGCACAAAUUUUGAGACAGCUUAAGUUUAUUGCAGUUGAGUUGCGUGCAAACAAUAUGGUGGUCACUAGCGAUGCCCACACCGAAGAGCUGGCUCUGCAGUCGGCCAAUGGCAAUUCGGGCGUGCCCGCCACUGUGCUGCCAGCGGGAGCUGCAAAUGGCGAUGGCAAACUUAAUCAGCGCCAGUACGAGCCGCGGGAGCGCUUGAUUAUAACCAAAAAUGUUGUGGUCAUCGGUCUGGCGUUCAUGAUACACUUCACGGCAUUUCACGGCACAUCGAAUCUGCAGAGCUCGGUGAAUGCGGACAAGGCUCUGGGCACCACCACACUGGCCGUCAUCUAUGGCUCGCUCAUCCUGUCGAACAUAUUUUUACCCAUGACGGUGAUUAGUUGGUUUGGCUGCCGCCUGACCAUGGCGCUCGCCUUGUUUGCCUAUAUGCCGUAUAUAGCGGCGCAGUUUUAUCCGCGCUUCGAGACGCUCAUUCCGGCCGCCUUGAUGGUUGGCUUUGGUGGCGGUCCCUUGUGGUGCAGCAAGUGCACGUAUCUGUCCACAGUUUCGGAGGCGCUGACUCAAGUGCGUGGCAAUGGCUCACGCAAGGAUGUGAACACUGUGAAGUUCUUUGGACUCUUCUUCAUCUUCUAUCAAAUGGCGCAGGUUUGGGGCAAUCUCAUUUCAUCCUCUGUGCUCACGCUGAGUGGUGGCGCGCCAACAACACCCGCCAAUGGCAGUCUCGAGCUGGAGGCCAGCAUAAGUCGCGUGGGUGAGCUGUGCGGCGCUCGCUUCUGUCCAGGCGUCAACGCUGAAGUGAAUCCCAAUCUGGUGCCGCCCGCGCCCGAGCAGAUUCAGCUGCUCAAUUCCAUUUUCCUCAUGUGCAUGGCCAGCGCUGUGGUCUUGAUGAUCUUUGGCGUUAGCUCCUUGAAGCGUUAUGGCGUGAAGCGUGGCGAUACUGGCGAUGGCAUCUCUGGCCUCAAGCUGCUGACAGUGACCAUCAAUUUGUUGCGCAAACGCCGCCAGAUACUUAUGCUGCCCAUAACCAUGUUCAUUGGCCUGGAGGAGGCCUUUCUAGCUGUGGAUUUCACGCGCUCAUUCGUUGCCUGCGGUUGGGGCAUAUCGAAAAUUGGUUUCGCCAUGAUUUGCUUUGGUGUGGCCAAUGCCGCGGCGGCGGGUCUGGCCGGUGCGCUGGUGGCGCGCAUUGGACGCGUGGCCUUAGCUGCGGCAUGUGCUGUGCUCAAUCUCUGCCUGCUCGCCUACAUGUACAGCUGGGAGGCACGCGAGGGUGACUACUUGCGCUAUUGCGCUUUUGCGGCCGUUUGGGGUAUUUGCGAUGGCGUCUGGCUGGUUGUAGUCAACGCGUUCUAUGGCAUUCUGUUUCCGAAUCAUCUGAUUGCCGCUUAUAGCAACUUCCGUUUAUGGGAGAGCACAGGUUCGGUUAUCGGUUACGUCAUCAGUUCGCAGCUCUGCACGUCCACCAAGCUGGUUAUACUCAUGUGUGUCAUGUUGGUUGGCUGCGUGGGUUACGGACUUAUAGAGUAUCGUGUCUGGCAAAAGAAAAAGACAUUGGAGGCCAUGCUGAGUGAUUGAAGUGGGCAGCGUCUUCUCUUUCGACCAAUUGCCAGCUAACUCUUUGUACUUCUUGUGAUAUUGCCAGCUCUUCUUAUUAAAAAUACAAUAAGCUACUUUUCUAUAUCUAAGAUUCACGCCAAUUCAAGUAUAUUAAACUUUAAGUGCUUACACGUAUACUUAAUAUAAGCAGUACAUUUUCUAAAUAUA